AUGUCUAUCCCUCACCGUCAAAGGAAGCCUACCUACCAACCUUCCAGCCGUGGAGAAACCCCAGAUAAUAAUACCUACACUACUUCAAGCUGGCCACAGCCAGGUUAUCUCUCUCCUUUGGCUCCUCCUAUGACCUACUCCAGCUCGACAGACAGCAAUCUAUCCAUAUCCACAUCAUACAGCUCAGCAUCUACACUCUACAACAACAUGCAGCCAUGCCACUCACCAAAGAGCUCCCACGAGUAUGACUCUACCUACGAUUACGAGCCACGUAGCUCGACGCAGGGUCGGUCUGAAAGUUUCUCCACUUCGUCCAAUCAUGGUUACGUCUUUGAUAGCCAGACCAUGGCUGCCCUUCCCUCCAGUCCCAAGUCAACGGCUGCAGAAAGAUCCACCCAGAGAUUUAUCUGCCUCUACAAGAACUGUGAAGGCUCGUUCAGCCGGGUUGCUGACUUAAGCCGACAUCAAAAAUCAAUCCACUUCCCGACGAAAACGGAUUGUCCUAAAUCAGGCUGCAACCGCAAGGGUUUCUACGGUUUCACUCGCGAAGACCAUCUUAUUGAGCAUCUUCGUCAGUACCAUAGAGAACAGCUGGCCAAGCGCACCUCCAACAGGUCCAGGCGUGAUGAUGCCAACAGCUAA